CGUAUCCUAUCCGAAAAGGGCGGUGAUGACAGCAUGAGCUACAAGCCGGUCACUCCCCGCGCAUCACCAGUGCUGAGAGCUCCCUCCUGCAACUUCAAGGUUGAGUUGGAGGUGGAAGAGACCCUACAGCUUGGUUCACAAAAGCCACAUCGCGAAAGUCUUGGAUCUUCCGAGACCGAUCCUUAUGCUUUCCUGAAGCCGUUUGACACCAUCUUCCUUAUUGAUGACAGCGGGUCUAUGGCUGGACGCUCAUGGCAAGAGACCAGGAAGGCUCUGGAGAGUGUUACCCCGAUCUGCACCCAUUAUGACGGAGAUGGCAUCGACCUCUACUUCCUGAACCACACAGACUCCACAAAGCCAAUCAACACCAUCGACAAAACUGAUGGCAAGCCGACCGACGAUGCGGAUGCUCCCAUAAUUGCGGCAGCGAAGAAGCUGGGCAAUAUAGAAGCGCCCAAAUGGCAGGCGGGCAUCCAGUUCUCCAAGGUCGGCAAGGAGGAGGGUGUGUAUGCGGUCUUCGAGCAGCUAGACGACAGACUUACGGAGCUCUCUGGUGACGAGAAGAUCCUCAUGCCCUACCUCCAGAAAGUACUAUCGGCCUGGUGCAGAGCAUUCCACAAUACAGCCCCGAAAGACUUUGACAGUUUCCGUAUAAAAUCCCGCAUCCAAUUCCUCCACAUCAACCCGGCAGCACUCACUUUCCUUGCCGUGUUCGCCCAGCUCCCAAUUAUUCAAGCCGCUAAUCGACACAUAUCAACAACAUGGGGCAUACCCAUCUCCAAUACACUCGGCGUAGGAACAGGCUUGGCGAUCUCAGUCUUUGACGACGAGGCAAACACCAAUCCCGUCUUGUACUGGAUUGUAUACGGCUUCUCGAGUCUAUCAGCACUGCUGGUCGUCACCUUCACUACCUUUUCCAUCAAGAAGAGCUCUCGGCUGCGAUAUUUGUGCACCUUCGUCCUCGUAGAAUUCAUCCUUCUGACCGUGAUCGCAGUGUCGUCGAUUAGUGAUGAUGGGUUUGUAACAAAGCAUCUAAAGGAAUGGACGCCUUUGGCAACGGUUGCCAUUGCCGGUGCUUUGACGGCGGGGUUUAAGAGGGUGGCCUGA